AUGUCAAAACUGAUCGAUUCCUCCGAAGUCAUGACUUCUCGCCGAUAUGUUCACCUCCCUACAGAGGUCUUGAUACACAUUGCUGAAUUCAUUUUACAUGAUUGUUUUAAUCAUGAUACCCCCAGUUUUCAAGUCACACUUCAAAGGUUCUGUUCGGUCUCUCGCCAGUGGUACUCUGCUGGCAUUGAAUUUCUCUACUAUCGACCUCAACUUGGCGAGGGGAAUAGUUUCACGCUUUUCACCAACACUGUGUGCCCAUCAAUUCGCUCCCGAGAGCGAAAAGUGGACUUGGGCUCGCUCGUUCGGGUCCUGAACCUCGAGCAGUUGGUACAUCACAGCUCCAAUAGCCUAACGGCACGACUUCUAGGUCGAGUGAAGAAGAAUCUACUGACAUUUGUUGCUCCAAGGAUCUCUUUCUCGAUCAACAGCCUUGCGCCUUUAUCCAAGUGCAAGGAGCUUUCGUAUCUUUGCCUUGACUUGGUAGCUGAGCCAAUUCCGCUUUCUGCUCUCAAGAAGGCCAUUAGCGGUCUAGAAAAACUGCAAUCUCUUAAGCUUUCAUCUUCAAUGUUUAUCACAGAUGAUGGUUCCAGUGAAGAUUGGCCACCCAAUCUGGAAUACCUCCAGGUUGGCGGGCAAUUUGAUGUCGCGAAAAUGCCUUCUUUCAGGUGGCCCCCCAACUUGGACGCACUGACAUUUUGUGGUUGCGAGGAACUGGACGCUUCCGUCUUGGAAGAUAUUCUUAUCAACGAGCAGCUUCGCACUACGCUUCGUCAAUUGACGAUCCACCGUUCCAAUCGUGAGAUGUUUGAGGAAGGACCAUCUGAUAUCUUAUCAAGUCUCAUUGCCCUGAAGUCUCUCCGAAUACCCAUUGAUCUGCUUUACGAUCUACUCAUUCUUCCUACGCCUCAUGUAGCUUGUUCCUUUGUGUCCAUUCGUGAGCUAGAGCUCACGGCACCAUAUGAUGAGAAUUUUUCUACGGUUAUUGAUCCAGAUGAUAUGUGCAGGGCCUUGACAGUAAAUAUGUCUCGAGUGUGCUAUCUUGGUAUCAGCCCUGGGUGUCUUGGAAUCCUACCUGAAGCAUCACAUGCCAAAAUUGACAAGUGCAUUUGGAAGAACAUUGAUAAAUGUCCUGAGGAGGAACUCGAUUCUCUUUUUGACUUGGGUCUCGAUGUCAUGGAUAGGGAGCCAGCUUGCUAA